GAAAUGCAAUCAAUCAAUCAAAAUUCAUCAGGAUGACGCGAACCGAAUUGGACAACUGUAAGAAAAUUAAGGAUCAAUACUUGUGUGAAGCAAGGUACCUCCUCUAAACCUAACACUUAUUACUGAUAACUAUGUACCAAAUACUGUAUCUAAUAACAAUAAUAUACAACCUAAGCUAAGAAAUCUCAUAAAAGACCCUAGCGAACUAAAUGCAUUAAGCAAGAAAAUAUCGGAAAUAGAAAAUGACUUAAAGGGGGAUAAUAUCGAUACCUUCGUAGAUAUCAUUUCAUCACCUAUCUCCUAUUCAAUAGGGACCAUUUUUUGUAUCACUAUUCUUAUACUAAUUAUAGUAAUUUAUUUCCUAAGAAAGAGGGCAAAUUUAACUACUUCCGGAGAAACUACUCCACCUAGUGUAAUAGUUAUCGGAAACUCUUCCCCAAAUCCAAAUCAAGUCACACCGUAAUUUAA